AUGGUCUUCGCUGGGAUUUCCAUAUUUCCAAAUGGGUCUUUGUCUAACUUGAAUCUCACGCCGAACUGUGAGAAUUCCCUGUACCAGAAGGUUAACUGCGAUGGUUCUAUUUCGAUACUUGGGAGUAGCAGUUACGUUGGCAGCUUUGACAACUCGACAUUGACGGCCCUGAUAUGCGACGCUGGUUGCGGAUCUUCAAUCUCAGAUUUACAUAAUGCUGUUUCGGCUAACUGUGGCAAUACAGUCGGCUUAAUUCCCGGUCUUCCUUUUCUUGGCCUUGUCGACAUGUUCUGGAGCAAUUGGAACCAAUCCUGCUUCGUUGAUCCCACCACUAAUAAGAACUGCAAUGAUGUCAUUGCUGCUUUCCCGAACGUGACAGAUCUUUCCGAUCUCCCAACAUCGGACCUGUGUUCCUACUGUAAUGUUGAGAAACUAGCCUUGAUGCAGGCUGAUGCGUACACAGACGUGUAUGAUGAUCAUUGGGAGGCAACAUAUAAAUAUGUUGCGCAGACUUGUAAAAUCACCGUGGCAGACUUCAAUGCCACAGCGAGUGUCUUUAAUGUGUCCGUGCCAUCCGUCACUCCCAGUUGUGUUUCCAACGUCACAUAUGCAACUAAACGGGGCGACACCUGCGACUCGAUUGCUAUCAGCCAUGGUGUAUCAGCCGCUACCAUGUUCUACACGAAUCCAACUAUCGCCAACUGCUCCUCAAUCCUACCAGGAACAGAUCUCUGUCUGCCUCUGCAAUGCAGCGACAUCUACACCGUGCAACCCAAUGACACGUGUACCAGCAUUGCCAUAGCAAACGGCAUCAGCACUCAGGAUCUUCUUUCCUUCAACUCGCAGCUCAAUUGGAACUGCACGAAUUUGCAAUCUGUUAAUCCCUAUUGGGGUUCAACGCUCUGCGUAUCCACCCCAGGAGGAACCUACACAGGUCAAGCUUUGAACAUAUCCACAACCACUGGAUCCCAGAUAGUUAGCCCCCCAGCUGGUGCAACUGUAGCUCCAGGGACAACAACAAACUGUGGGCAGUGGUUUGUCAACAACGCGAGCCUCAACCUCACCUGCGCACAGCUUUGUCUAUCGAAUGAAAUUGCCAUCAAUCUCUUUACUGCGGCAAAUCCUUCACUUAAUAAGACAACUUGUGACAGUGAUCUAAUCACAGGGGAUGCUUACUGUGUAGAUCCGUUACCAGGUUGGAACUGGGGAACUAACUCUACCAGUAAUGCCACCACCACGACAACUAUUAUCACCCCCACGUCCUCCGCCACUACGUCCUAUACGUCAAUAGCCUCAAAUACCGCCACGACUACUAGACAGACAACCACAACAGUCUCUGUGCCGGGCCCUACACAAUCAGGCAUCCCCGCGAACUGCAAUGCAUAUUAUGUUGCUCAGCCCGGCGAUACAUGCGCAACCCCUGAGGCUAAAUAUGGGAUCACAAGUGCCCAAUUCCACGCUUGGAACCCGUCUAUCUCAUCAGACUGCUCACAAGGGUUUUGGGCUAACGAAGCGUACUGCGUCGGCGUAUCGAGCAGCGGCACAACCGCCACAUCUGGUCCGUCGAGCACCGAAGUAGUACCACCAGGCCCAACACAAUCUGGUAUACCAGCAAACUGCAACGAGUACUAUAUCGCACAAUGUAAGCUGGACGGCAGUUCUUUUGCAAUUAUUAAUCUUUCCCUUCCUCUCAAAUUAAUUCGUUCCGCGAGAUCAAACUAA